AUGAUGGUCCCGAAUGCAUCCAACAAGAGGCCUUCCUUUGCCAACGGUCCGAGAAUAUUAGUGGCGUCGAAUGCAUUCGGGAUCAUGUCUGUCACUUAUGGCGGCAGGGAACACGUUGCUGCGGAUAACACAGACGAGGUGAAUGAGCGCAGCGCCACUGGACACAAAUCUCUCGUUUUAGAAAAUGGCGUUGCAGGCAGUGGAUUUGUUGCUGAGGGUGAUGCGUACGGAUUGAGUCAACGCAAUGCCUCUGGACACGAGAAAAAACCCCUAUUACGAGAAUUCACUGCGCAGUAUUCUGUAAACGGCGUGAGUCCCGACGACUGCUUUGCCCUGCUCAACGACGCGAAAUUGACACUGCGAGAGUUAAUUGUUGACAGCACUGUGCGUGUGCGCGUGUAUUUGGUGUUGCUGCUUCUUCUGGGAUUGUGUGGAGUUUUGGCGGUAUUGUGA